AACAACUAUUGGAUUGACCCAGAAAAUAUUUUGGGGCCACAAAAAGUCAAAAAGUGUCAAGCUGGGAGUGUCUCUGAAUAGCCAAAUAACUUUAUAUUUCCUUAAGCAAUGGCAGCAUUAUACAGAGGCAUAAUCAGGGCUGCUGAUAAAUUCGUCCCUGCCAAGUUGCAACCGUUCUGGAACCAUCCAGCAGGUCCAAAGACAGUUUUCUUUUGGGCACCUACUUUUAAAUGGGGUCUUGUGAUCGCUGGUAUUGCUGAUUUAAAGCGUCCUGCAGAUAAGCUCAGUGUGACACAGACAGUAGCAUUGGCUGCUACAGGGUGUAUAUGGUCAAGGUACUCUAUGGUUAUUAUCCCCAAGAACUGGAAUCUAUUUAGUGUCAAUAUAUUUCUUGGAGCAACAGGACUUUGGCAACUAUCAAGAAUAUUUGAGUACCGACGACAGAUCCGACAUAAAGAGAUUAAACUAAUCGAAGUGCCGCAGAGUGCCAUCGAAGGAGAAUCUAAGGAGGAAGAAGAGGAAAAAUAGAGACCAGAAACAUUAAAUUUUCUCUUAUGGUUGUGGAUAUCUCACAUACUAAGAUAUGUGAGAUAUCAUAUGAGCUGAAGUUCACAAAUGUUUUUACACUUAAAAGUGGUUUGUACUUGAAUUGAAGGCUGUUUUAAUAGGGGGUGAACUGAUAAUAUACAUGUAGGUGUAGGUCUUGGCCGGAAAUGAAACGAUUAGAUGCUGCAGAAUAAGUUGGUUACACUACAGCUCAACAUCUAAUCGUUGUAAAUUCUAUGUAAUGCUAAAAGGAAAGAAAUUUUCUUAGUAAUGUUAAUGGUUUACAUUUGUGCAAUUAAUCUAUCAGUUAAGUUGCUGGAAUUAUUUUGUUUCUUUGUAUCAGCUGGUGAUCAAGGGUAACAUGUUCUCUCGGCCAGUGUCGGCUGCUUGCACUAGGUUAAGUUGCUGUGUUUUGUUUUCAGCCUACAGUUGCCCCUGUCUGUCUGACCAGCAGUUCAGAUUGAGUGGUUGUGUUAUUUGGCAAUCUUUUCCUUACAUAGGUUUUGUCAAGUAAGGGGUAUCGGCAAAUAUCUUAAAAAUACAGGGUUAUCACAGUUAUUUAGACUCCAGUUUGUACUUACUAAAACACACUGAUCAAGCAAAUUCUAGUGAAUAUCUUUGUGAAUUGUAUAUGAUAAAUACAAGUUGUUAAUGUUGGAUCAUAUGGAGGAAGAAUGAAGUGGCGUAAUAUCAAGUCACCUUGACUCGGAUUUGAACCAAACGUCGAUGGGUUGCAUGUCCAGUGCUCUAGUGUUGAGCAAUGGAAGUUUCUUGUUUUUCUGCACCGUGUGACACCGUUGUUAGAGCUAGCCAAUAUUUUACAGGCACUGUCAAUAUUCUGAUAGCCUAUUUAUGUAAAUUUCAUUUUAAUAAAUGUAGUAAUAUUUGAUUGAUAUUUAA